AGUUGUUAUCCUUCCAAAGGAAGUUUCAGCCCCCGGCAUGCUUUGCCGCUUCCGGAGGACAAGCUGUCUGUGGAGUUCGUUUGGUGUCAGAGACCGCGACUAGGGGUCUAAUUGGAGACGAAGGUGUCCCCGGGAUUCUAAAACAGUUAUGAAAGAGCUGAAGGAAGAGGAGAGGCACCGGAAGAGGAGGCCGCACAGCCCGGAGACUGUGUCGGUGAAGAAGGAGCGGAUGAGCCCGCCUAGGCCUCACCGGGCUCGGCGGUGCUCCACUCCAGAGAGCAGCGGAGAAGAAUCCCCCCAACCACAGCACCGGGGGAGGAGCAGGUCACCAGCAAAAAAGAAAAAGACUUAUGUCAAGAAAAGCAAGUCUCCAAGGAGGAGGAACAGAAGUGAUAGUAGAAGUCCACCUCCUGUUCCUCCAGUAAAAGUAAAGCAGGAAAAAGAGAAGUACACUCGCAGAACUCAUGAGGACAAGCAACUUCGAGAGAGAGGGGAGAAAGAUGACAGAAGAAAUAGUCACAGAGACCAAGCAGGCAUCCGAGGUCAUCACAACCACUCCAGGCAUAGAGAUAAAAAUCGUGACGAGCAGCAUUUAAGAGAACAGAGGGCAGAAAGGGAGUUCCACAAUGAGAGGAGGAGGGAAAGACGCCAGAGGGAAGAGCAGACAGAAGAGAGUGAAAAUCCAGAGGCUGAAGAUGCAAACAGCACGGAGCAGGCUAAAGAUAAAGAAAAACCCAACUUUGAACUUUCCGGGACACUACUUGAAGAAACCAAUACUUUCAGAGGAGUCGUUAUAAAAUACAGUGAACCACCAGAAUCUCGUGUUCCUAAGAAACGGUGGCGCCUGUACCCAUUUAAGAAUGAUGAAGCUCUUCCAGUCAUGUACAUUCAUCGCCAGAGUGCAUACCUCCUGGGAAGGCAGAGGCGUAUAGCUGAUAUACCAAUUGAUCAUCCAUCUUGCUCCAAGCAACAUGCUGUCCUUCAGUAUAGAAUGGUUGCAUUUACUCGUGCUAAUGGGACCACUGGGAGACGUGUCAGGCCUUACAUCAUUGACCUGGGAUCUGGAAAUGGCACAUACUUAAACAACCAGAGAAUUGAUCCACAACGGUACUACGAGCUGAAAGAAAAAGAUGUUCUGAAAUUUGGAUUCAGCAGCAGAGAGUAUGUUGUUUUGCAUGAGUUUUCAGAUACAUCAGAAGUGGACAAACCACAAGAUGAGGAUGAUGAAGAAGAAGAAGAAGAUGAGGGUACUGACAACGAACAAGCUGCAAAUUAA